UCCUCCUCUUUCUCUUUCACCGAAACCAUAAUCUUUUUCUGAGAAAAAAAAAAUCCACAUUCUCUCUCUCUUUCUUCCUUUUUCAAAACCCUAAUACGAGAAAUAACAGAUCCGACGAAAUCUUGAAACGGAUCGAUCAAUCCACGCGAAUACAAUUUCCCAAACAAAAAAACCCUAGCUUUUUAUAUUGUCAGUAGUAAUAACAUAACAUCUUCCAUGGAUUCCGCUUCUUCCGGAUUCAACCGACCCGACCCGGGUCCAUCUUCCUCCGCCGUAGCCUCAGUCGCAGAGUCGUCAUCACAGCAGCCGAGCCGCUACGAGUCGCAGAAGCGGCGUGACUGGAGCACGUUCCUUCAGUAUUUGAAGAACCACAAGCCGCCGCUGACGCUCUCGUGGUGCAGCGGAGCGCACGUGAUCGAGUUCCUAAAGUACCUCGACCAGUUCGGGAAGACCAAAGUCCACGUGACGGCGUGUCCGUACUUCGGACAUCAGAACCCGCCCUCGCCGUGCGCCUGUCCGUUGAAGCAGGCGUGGGGAAGUCUCGACGCGCUGAUCGGACGGCUAAGAGCGGCCUACGAGGAGAACGGUGGACGGCCAGAUUCGAACCCGUUUGCUGCACGCGCCGUCAGGAUUUAUCUCAGGGAGGUGAGGGAGGGACAGGCUAAGGCACGUGGGAUUCCGUACGAGAAAAAGAAACGGAAACGUCCUCCACCUUCCGUUACGGAGAUGGUGGUUCCGUCAACCGGAAGCGGCGGCGGAGACGGCGAGGCUGCACCGUAAAAAUGUUGUUCAUGUUUUAGUGAAAUCCUCUGAUGAAAUCUAAGAGUUCUUUAUCUUUGCUGAAAAGAGGAUCGCAUCAACGAAAACCUCACUCAUAUAUUAUUAACGAAAAUACAAACAUAACACUGUCGCUAUAACGAUUCCACUAAAAAUUCACUUUGAGGAAUUGCGUCAAUCUUUAUAAUCCAAUUCUUCCACGUGCAGAUAUUGGAUCUGAGGUAAGAGGGCAUCAAUUAUUCAUCCGGAAAUUCAUUUUUUGUUUACGGUUUAUGACGCAAACUCGGAAAUAUAAGCAGCUGGAGAAUAUAAGCUGAUCAUGGAUUCGAGGAUGCAGAGAGUAACACGUUCCUCUCUUGCGUAUGUACGUACA